AUUCUUUGCAUAUGUACAUAUCAACAACACAAGAGGAGUACUAUAGUCUUCCAUUACUCAAACAAUAAGCCCAAUUUUUUUUUCUCUACUUUGACAUCAAAGGCUAUACUUUUGAAAAUACAGUAUGGUGGAAGCCAACUGGUACACCAUUUCUCUCCUCAUUUUCUCUCUCCUCCUACUCUUCUUCAAGCUCUUCUUAGGAAAACAAAAGAUUUACAAGAAUCUACCCCCAAGUCCUCCUGGGCUUCCCAUCCUGGGCCAUCUCCAUCUACUAAAAGAGCCACUGUACCAAACUUUUCAAGCUUUUUCAGAUAAGUAUGGCCCAAUCAUCCUCCUCCGGUUCGGACCCAGAAAUGUCCUCGUUGUCAACACUCCUUCAGCCGUCGAAGAAUGUUUCACAAAAAACGAUGUCAUCUUCGCCAACCGGCCACUUAGCCUCCACUCAAAACACCUCUCCUACAACAGCACCACCAUCGCUGCAGCCCCUUAUGGUGAUCUUUGGCGCAAUCUCAGGCGUAUUACAACCUUGGAGAUUUUCUCAACUGUUCAAUUAGAGAGAACAUCCUGUAUACGAGGCAAGGAAGUGAAGUUUUUCGUGAAUCAACUCAUGAAGAAUUGUGGUGGUGGGUGUAGUAAAGUGGACAUGAAAUCCAAGUUUUUUGAGAUCUCAUUUAAUGUUAUGACCAUGAUGAUCAUGGGAAAGAGGUUCUUUGGAGAAAGUGUAGAGGAUGUUGAGGAGGCCAAGCUCUUUCGGCAAUUGGUGAGAGAGCAAUUAGAAUUUGCAAAAACAUCGGAUCCAUCAGACCUUUUUCCGGUGUUGCAGAAGGUAGAUUUGUUUGGGACUGGGAGGAAAAUGGUAGCCAUGGCAGAGAAAAUGGACAAGUUUUUGCAGAACCUAGUCGAUGAACGUCGAAGAAUGGAUGCAUCAACAAAAAUGAAGAAGACACUGAUUGAUAGUCUGCUUUCUUUGCAAGAAGCAGAACCAGAGUUCUACACCAACAAUAUUAUAAAUGGGAUUAUAUUGAUAUUACUAAUUGCUGGGACUGAAACUUCAUCAACAGCCAUGGAAUGGGCAAUGUCCCUACUUCUCAACCAUCCAAAUGCAAUGACAAAGGUUAGAGCAGAGAUAGAGGCUCACGUUGGACAAAACUACCUCUUAGAUGAACAAGACUUGCCCAAGCUAAAUUAUCUAUGCAAUGUAGUUAAGGAAACACUUCGAUUAUAUUCACCAGCCCCAAUUCUAGUCCCACAUGAGGCUUCUGAAGAUUGUACUGUAGGAGGUUAUGAUGUCCCACAAGGCACGAUGUUAAUGGUAAAUGUAUUGGCUAUUCAUAGGGAUCCCAAGCUAUGGGAAAAUCCAACGAAGUUCAUGCCAGAAAGAUUUGAAGAAGAGAAUAGUGGAGACGGGUAUAAGUUGAUCCCAUUUGGUUGUGGAAGACGUGGAUGUCCUGGAGCUAACUUGGCAAAUAGGAUGGUUGGGCUGACACUAGGAGCCUUGAUUCAGUCAUUUGAAUGGAACAGAGUUGAUGAAGAGGAGGUGGAUAUGACUGAGAAUUUUGGCUUCAGCAUGCCAAAGUUGAAGCCUUUAGAGGUCAUUUGCAGGCCGUGUCCGUUCACCCGCAAACAGUGUCUUAUAUGAUUGUUUUUCAUUCUAUUUUACCUGCCAAAAAAUUAAAAAAAAAAAAGAAGAAGAAAAAUUACAAAAUAAAUACUAUGAAGUUCGGGUUCAAACUCACCCUUGUGUCUAUUAUGUCGUGUCAUUUUUUUUUUUCAUUUGUGCAAUAAGUAAUUGAACUUCAGUUUUUUAUGAAUGUUAUGUAUUGUGUACUUCCCUCCGAGUUGUGGAUGUUAUGCUAUGAUUUUUAUUAGGUC